UCUCUUUUGGAUACUGUGGAUACUGUAAUCAUUAUAAUUUUGAGACUCUGGCGAUGGUGGCCAACUCAAAAAGUAAUAACGCUUCUGUAUUAGUAGCUGAUACGAUGGACGAAUUUGAUUUGGAUACUAUGAACUACGCCUUAUUCUCUCUAGAAACUCUAACAAAUGUUUUAUUUAUUUUCGUAGUUGGGGUGCUUUUCUACGUAUGCAUUUAUCAAAAAAGUUUGCAUGCCAAUUUCAGGGCAACACUUUUUCUAGCCGCUUGCGGUCAUCUCGGAGGAUCUGUGCAUAGGAUAAUUUUGGUGUCUAUACGAAUAGUCUCGAUUGGCAAGCGAGACACUCCUAUAGUUGGACAACUUUACUUGCUGCAGAUAACAGCACUAUACAUAGCCAUGUUUGGCUGGCAGUUUGUCAUUGUUGAACGGGCUAUUGCCACAGUGUAUUCUAGCAAGUACGAGAAACAUUUUGCUGGGUUUGGUGUGCCAACCAUACUGUGUGGUAUAGUGCUUACCAUGUCUGCGCUAUUUUUGUGCAUAUCUAUAUUUCACCUAUUCGCAUAUUUCGACUUCUUUUUUCUGGGUCUACAAAUUGUGGUUGUUCUUGUAUGCUUUGUGGCAGUAUCAAUAAUGCUAGUUUAUAACUCAUCGGCCUAUCGAAGUCGUCAUGAUUCUAUGUUGCAAUUAGCAGACCGAUAUCAGCUGGAUGAAAAUGUUCGAGUUGCCAAAUAUCUUAUGCCUGUCGCAGUCAAUGAAGUGUUGGUAAAGUUUGUCUAUAUAUCACUACUUGCCUACUCAGUAUUCUUCACAGACAUCCCGCUAGGUCACGAUACUACACAUCUGAGCCAUGCUUACGAUUUAUUGUUCGCGUAUCAACGCAUGUUCUUCGGAUUAGCCCUAACAUUGCGUAGCGACAAGUUUGGUCGAUACAAGCAACGGGAAAAAAGGAGAGUUGCUGCUAUGAUGGACGAUCGAGUGGCAGCAUCGUCGAGCUAUUUUACUGAUCUCAAAACAAUGUGGGCAUAAUCGAUAAUGAAGAUAUUUAAUUGCCGCGUUCUUCCCUUAUUGUAUGUAAGCCAGAACUUAGCUUCGACCACAACCUUGCUCAAAUACU